GAAAUUGCCCCCCCCCCCCCCACCCCGAGUAGAUAUUUAACCAGAUCAGUCUUGGACCCUGUUUGUGUCUUCGGUUUGAGGUCGUUCGCAGUCGUGUGUGGAGCGCGCGCGUGUGCGAUGGUUUGCGGGGAGCGGUGGUGUAGAGGUUAGCUGUUGGGGAGACAAAGGCGGUCGGGCGUGGCGCUGGCCAUCCACCCCCUCGUGUGCCGUGCCGGCCUUCAUAGGUGCUCGCUAACAGCACUUGCCCCUACAGUCUGUGAAGGCUAUACGGGGGGGGGGGGCACUUUUUUGUGUGAUGAUCUAAUGAAAAGUCGCGUUUGUGUGUGUUGUGUGUGUGUAUAUACUGCAGUGGUUAUUUAACAUUUUUAAGAACCCAUGUGCGUGUCGGACUGUACUUGAUGCUUAGUCGGCAUUGUUAAUUGAUAGGGGCGUCUCUGUCUCUCGCUUGCCCGCGUGGAGCGGUGGCGCAGCGGUUAGCGCGCUGCGCUACGAACCCGGCGACUCGAGUUGCGUUCCCUCUCACAGCCAGCGACAGCGAUCAUCUAAAACCGUUCCUGGGCCCUCCCCUAUGGCGACUCUGUCUCCAAUGAGUACCUGGUGCGGUGUGUAAACAUCGCCACUAGGGAGACAAAGGCGGCCGGGCGUGAUGCUGUGGCCAAUUGCCCCUUUGACGCACCGUGCCCGACCUUCCAUAGGCGCUGCUCGUUAACGGAACGUGUCCCAAAACGUUAUUUAAAGGCCGGUAGGUGUGAAUGUUUGUCUUUGACGUCAUGUAAGCCAUGCGUAAGUCGCCUGAAGCAGCAGUCGUGCGCGCGUGUUAAGUAACGUUUCUUGCGCAAGUGCUCCCUGCAACUCGUAAGACUUUCUUAUCAGUCCGUGUUUUAUUGGGAAAAAAAUGUACAUCUCGUAAAUAAUUAAACAUUUAUAGUUGUACUAUUAAACCUGCCAAGUAUUUAACCAUAUAUAUAUACACACACACACACGCAGCGGUCAAGUUGUAGCCAGGCCAUGUGGACAUUCUCGUGACUGGCAGGAACAGAAAUCUCGCAGGUUACAAAUCACACAUUUUUUUAUUUGCGUAAUUAUUGCCUUUUCGCCGGAACGUUUAAGAACAUUUAAGAAGACACCUCCCAAAGGUGGCGUAGAGAUUCUUGGCAAUGACCACGAACGAGGCCACUCGCGAGGUGGGCAAAGAGUUCACCGACGAUGCCAGCAGCCACGAGACAUCGGAGAGAGACACUCACUUGCCCGGACCGGUCGCGGACGAGAUCACCCCGGCCGGGCCCACGGAUGUCCAGCCAGAGACGGGACUCUCGCCACGCCGAUGGGUCCUGGUCCUGCUCUUCAGCAGCUACUCGCUGGCCAACGCCUUCCAGUGGAUCGAGUACGGAACCCUCAAUCACAUCUUCUCCAGCUACUACGACGUCUCCACGGGCUCCAUCGACUGGCUGUCCAUGGUCUACAUGGUGGUGUACAUUCCGCUCAUUUUCCCCGUCACGUGGCUACUCGACAGCAAGGGUCUGCGGGUCAUCGCCAUCGUCGGAUCGGCGCUCAACGCGUGCGGCUCGUGGCUGAAGCUGGCCAGCGUGAGGCCCGACCACCUGGGGUUUGGCAUCACCAUGUUGGCCCAGUCCAUCUGCGGGGUGGCACAGGUGUUCAUCCUGGGCAUGCCGUCACGACUCGCCUCCGUGUGGUUUGGCCCCAAGGAGGUCUCCACCGCCUGUUCCAUCGGUGUCUUCGGCAACCAGCUGGGAGUGGCGCUCGGCUUCGUGGUGCCUCCUCUGCUGGUGUCCAGCACGGGGGACACGGAGGCGCUGGGGAAGGGCAUCUCCAUCCUCUUCUACGGCACCGCCGCCAUCUCCACCGCGCUCUUCCUGCUCGUCCUCGUCGUGUUCCGCGAGGAGCCGGCGCUGCCCCCCAGCAACUCGCAAGCGACGCGGCGCGACUGCGAGGGCGAGGGCGAGGGCACCCCCUUCCACCACUCCAUCGUGCGCCUCCUCAAGGACCGUCCCUUCGUCCUGCUCGUCGUCACCUACGGCAUUAACACCGGUUGCUAUUACUCAGUGUCGACCCUACUCAACCAGAUGGUGGUCUACCACUACCCGGGCGAGGAGAUACACGCCGGCCGCAUCGGCCUCACCCUGGUGCUGGCCGGGAUGCUGGGCUCGCUGCUGUGUGGGAUUUGGCUGGAUUAUACCAAGACGUUCAAGCAGACAACGCUAGCCGUGUACGCGCUCUCCCUUGCGGGGAUGAUCAUCUUCACAUUCACGCUGAUGCUGGGGAAACUCUGGGUCGUCUAUCUCACCGCGGGGCUGCUUGGGUUUUUUAUGACGGGAUAUCUGCCGCUGGGAUUUGAGUUCGCGGCUGAGAUUACCUACCCCGAGUCGGAGGGCACGUCUUCGGGCCUGCUCAACGCCUUCGCCCAGGUUUGCGGAAUCGCCCUCACGUUGUCCCAGGGAAACAUCGUCACGAAUUUUGACCCCCGCGCUGGAAAUCUGCUGCUCUGCUCGGCACUGCUGCUUGGAACCAUCUUGACAGCACUCAUCAAGGCUGACCUGCGCAGGCUGGCGGCAAACAAGAUGGGCGUGGACAUGGAGAAACCGCAAAUAGUCAUAAAUGGGACUACUCCAGAAAAGAAGACAUUUGAAGUUCUCCAUCAGAGCGCCCUGUGAUCAACAGCGAACGCCAGACGGAUGUGGGGGUGGCUCUACGUGGAGUUUCUACAACGACGGUGCAAGCGUCGUCCUGUUUGCACCUCGGCUAAAGCACCAAAUCGUGUUUCGCUAUUUUUGUUCAAUCCACUACCUUUGACAAAAAAACAACAAACAAACAGACAACGAAUAAACACUGCCCUAAUAGGGGAAAAUAUAAGAGGCGACAUUGUUGUGGGCAAUGACCCUUCCUCACAGUGUGAUGUGCUGAAGAAGGUACAUUGCCCAAAACGUUGCCUGUUAUAUAUAUAUAUACACAGGGACUCUCCUUACAAACGAGUUCGAUUCCAGAGGUGUGUUCGCAAGUCGACUUGUUCACAAGUAACUUUAUUCCAAACAUGUUGCACGACCUGUACACUAAACACGGGGAAUGGCUUUAAAAGUUGUAUAAUCUCCUGUAGAUGUAGAUACCACUGGUUCUUCACGUUCUGCAGAUGUAGAUGCCACUGGUUCUUCACGUUCUGCAGGUGUAGAUGCCACUGGUUCUUCAUGUUCUGCAGAUGUAGAUGCCACUGGUUCUUCACGUUCUGCGGAUGUAGAUGCCACUGGUUCUUCACGUUCUGCAGGUGUAGAUGCCACUGGUUCUUCACGUUCUGCAAAUGUAGAUGCCACUGGUUCUUCACGUUCUGCAGGUGUAGAUGCCACUGGUUCUUCAUGUUCUGCAGUUGUAGAUGCCACUGGUUCUUCAUGUUCUGCAGAUGUAGAUGCCACUGGUUCUUCACCUUCUGCAGAUGUAGAUGCCACUGGUUCUUCACAUUCUGCAGAUGUAGAUAACACGUCAAACGCCAGGCAAUCCCGGUGUAGUUUGCUUAGCUUUUUAUCUUUAUAAUAGUAUCAAAAAGCAAUCUAAAUGACAAGCUGUAAUUUGACUAAAUAUGGUCGUCGUGUAAUUAACAGGGGCUUUAUUUAGAAAAUGGUUCUACUGGGGUACCCGCACACUCAUGAAUAUCCCGGUAUUUUAUUGUUGUAACUUUGUGACCCGCUCCUACUAGACAUGUGUGAAAAGAGCUUCAUAGUUCAUCGGAUUUCUCCAGAAAAAAUAAAAAAUAUGAUUCUGAUACUGCGAUGGCAGUGGCGCACAAGCACAAACAACAACGCAGAAUCAACAUAUUUGUCACUAAUUUCUACGUGCAAUAAAAAAGUGCCAUUACCAAAACGUCGCCUGUUAUGUGUAAUGCGAGCGUAAGCGGGGUUUCACUGCUCGGCUCUGGGCCAAUCAUACGGCCCAGGGUAUUUGGGGGCGGGGCCCAGUAUGGGGGCAUAUGUGAAGGUCCGCCGCUCACCUCCGGUCCAAUCGGAUGCGAGGUGAGCAGGGGCGGAACCUAAGGGCGGAGCCAGCAAGGCGCUAUGCGGAGGCCGGAUCUGGAAGGUUCGGUGAAGGGCGUGGUGAGAGGGAGGAGACAGGAUCACGUGGGGAAGGGGAUAUAGGUGGGAUCCCGGAAGGGCUCCGGGGAGUUGGUGGAGUCACGAAGCUGGACCACGUUGGGUGGCCGGAGGGGAUCUGCGCCAUCAGCCACGUGGCUGGAAGAGCUUCGAGCACACCGUCGGCCAGCGGUGUGUGCGGGAGCGGGGGAGCGGUGCGACUGACGGGAGAGCGCGUGCGGGGCGCGCGGGAGGAACAGCCGGUCCCGCUGUCGGGACCAGCGGAGUGCGAGCGUCAACGGGAAUAAAGAGAGACGGAGACCAAG